GGUCCGCAGUCGCGGUCCGUCAACGGGCGAAGUACCACGUGGUGACUCCACGUCCCGUAAAUCAAAAAGUUUCUUACGUCAAAUCAAUGGAUAUAACCUAACACGCGCGUUUCGCAAAUUUAUUAUAAGAUGUGAUUUAUUUGUGUUGACGUCGCGAUGGCCUGUUAAUCACUUGUAAUUGUGUGCAACAGUGACGUGCUGUGCUGUGCCAAUGAUGUGAAUAUUUUUUUCUGUGUUGUGUUGUAUAAAAAAAGGAGUUAUGAGUAUCCAAAAGUGUUUGUUGGACAACUCCAGCAGGAUGAUAAAGGCGAUGUCGACUGCCAAGUCGAGUACCAGCGAAGUUAAAAUGGGUGUCCACAGUGGUUUGAAAAAAGUUGGUCUGGCGAUGCUGUCUCUGUCACUCCCCGAACAUAAAAAAACUACUCGCAGUUGGAUAGAGAGCACGUUUCAGAAGAGAGAGUGCAAAUAUUUUGUGCCCAGCGCUAAGGAUGAGCAUGUGUGUUGGUGCGGGCUUAGCAAGACAGCGCACGGUUCGAACACUCAGACCGCCAACCCCGGGGAGGCAUGGGUACCAGCUCGACAUACGCAGUCGGCUCCAACUGAUGCCUAUGGAACAGUUGAGUUCCAGGGAGGACCACAUCCAACCAAAGCACAGUAUGUUCGACUCUCCCACGACACAAGACCGGAGUUAAUAGUGCAACUGCUAACAAGAGAAUGGGCCCUCGACCGACCGAAACUGCUCAUCACCAUCCAGGGUGGCAAGGCAAACUUCGAUCUUCAACCAAAACUGAAGAAAGUGCUAAGAAAAGGACUGCUGAAGGCUGCGAAGACCACUGGCGCCUGGAUAUUUACUGGAGGCACUAACACAGGUGUGACCAGACAAGUCGGAGACGCGCUGCAGCUGGAGCGGUCGCAGCGAGCUGGUAGAGUGGUCAGCAUCGGUAUCGCACCCUGGGGCAUCGUGGAGGGAGCCAACGAACUCAUCGGGAGAGGCAGAGAUGUACCGUACCAUGCCAUAGCUUCACCAAGAUCAAAACUAGCAGUUUUAAACAACAGACACGCGUACUUCCUUCUGGUAGACAACGGAUCUGUGGGCCGGUAUGGAGCUGAGAUCGUUCUCAGGAGGAAACUGGAGAAGUACAUCGCGGCGCAGAAACUACAUCCAUACACCCACUCGUCGACUCCCGUGGUCUGUCUGGUGAUAGAGGGCGGCACUAACACGGUGCGUGCAGUGUUGGAGUACGUCACCGAUACACCUCCCGUGCCCGUCGUCGUCUGUGACGGCAGCGGCCGAGCGGCGGACCUUAUUGCUUUUGUUCACAAGUAUGCAUCAGAGACGGGCGAGCAGACGGUGCUGGAGUCGAUGCGGGACUACCUCAUCAGCACCAUUCAGAAGACCUUCGAAGUGGGCAUGCAGCAGGCAGAACUGCUGUAUGGAGAACUCCUGCAGUGUACCAGGAAGAAGAAUCUGAUCACGGUGUUCCGAAUCCAAGAGCGUGCUGAAGGUGGCGAGGUGCAGGAGCUUGACCAGGUCAUCCUGACAGCAUUGUUCCGAGCUCAACACCUGUCUCCGAGCGAACAGCUCUCCUUGGCACUGACAUGGAACCGAGUGGACAUCGCCAGAUCCGAAAUCUUCGUGUAUGGACAAGAAUGGCCACCAGGUGCUCUCGACGAGGCCAUGAUGCAGGCGUUAGAACACGAUCGUAUAGACUUCGUCAAACUACUGCUAGAAAACGGUGUUUCAAUGCGCAAAUUCUUAACCAUCCCUCGACUAGAAGAGCUUUAUAACACAAAGAGUGGGCCCAGUAACACAUUGAGGUAUAUCCUAAGAGACGUCAGGCCACACUUGCCCAGAGGAUACGUUUAUACCCUGCAUGAUAUUGGACUCGUUAUCAACAAGCUGAUGGGUGGCGCCUAUAGAUGUUACUACACGAGACGUAAGUUCCGUCCGAUUUACGCGAAGGUGAUGAACAAGAGUGUGAACGUCCACCGGAACAGUGCCUCGUUCACCAGACACAACGCUGGUGGACUCUCCCUCAUCACCGGCUUCAUGCCCGUCACCACUGAGAUGGCGCUCUUCGACUAUCCUUUUAAUGAAUUACUUAUGUGGGCGGUGUUAACGAAAAGACAUCAAAUGGCUUUGUUGAUGUGGACGCAUGGUGAGGAGGCGUUGGCCAAGUCCCUGGUAGCCUGCAAGUUAUACAAGGCCAUGGCACACGAGGCGGCUGAGGAUGACAUGGAGACUGAAGUGUAUGAGGAACUCAGGCAUUAUGGGAAGGAGUUUGAGAAUAAAGCGUUGGAGCUUCUAGACUACUGCUAUCGUCAGGAUGACGACCAAGCGCAGCAGCUGUUGACUUGCGAGCUCCAGAACUGGUCUGGACAAACCUGUCUCAGCCUCGCCGUCGCAGCCAAUCACCGCGCGUUGCUUGCUCACCCUUGCUCACAAAUCAUACUGGCUGACUUGUGGAUGGGAGGGCUCAGAACAAGAAAGAACACCAAUUUAAAGGUAAUUCUGAGCCUGCUGUGUCCGCUGUACAUUCUCCAACUGGAGUUCAAGUCGAAGGAAGAACUGCAGCUGAUGCCGCAGACCGAGGAGGAACAUCUCGAGAACGAGAGCAUCGAGGAUGAUAGGAGUACGAAGGACCCGAACGACGCCGAGGUUGGAGUUGCGAAAAGGCGUACGCUAUCUAUCAAGAAGAUAAUACCGCCUGGACCGCCGAGUAAAGCUACGAAGGCGUUGAUUGGCUCAGGGGCCGAAUGCGAAACUCGUGUCGAUCAGAAUGGAAAAGUUGGUAAAAUAGGGUGGGAACCCUCGUACAGAGAGCUGCCCGAGCCCCACGCGCCAGAAGACAAAAUGAUGAGGCCGCUGAGACUCAAGAAGAAGAUAUACGAGUUCUUCACGGCGCCUAUCACCAAAUUCUGGGCCGAUUCGAUAGCCUACAUAUUGUUCCUAUUGAUGUUUACAUAUACAGUAUUAGUGAAAAUGGACCCGACGCCGUCUUGGCCAGAGAUUUAUUCUAUAUGUUAUAUAUUAACGUUCUUAUGUGAGAAGAUAAGAGAAAUUAUUACGUCCGAACCUGUUGCUAUUAGACAUAAGUUCAGCGUAUGGGCGUGGAAUCUAUGGAACACGUACGAUGCGGGUUUCAUAAUAUUCUUCCUGGUGGGCCUGACCCUGAGGUUCAGGACCGUGUCCAUGGACGUCGGCAGGGUGAUCUACUGCGUCGAUAUUAUUUAUUGGUACUUAAGGAUAUUGAAUAUAUUGGGAGUUAAUAAGUACUUAGGUCCUCUAGUCACAAUGAUGGGUAAGAUGGUAAAAAACAUGAUAUACUUCGUGGUGCUAUUACUGGUGGUGCUAAUGUCGUUCGGAGUCGCGAGGCAAGCUAUUUUAUACCCAGAUGAAGAAGCGAGCUGGCAUCUUAUUAGAGAAAUCUUCUUCCAACCGUACUUCAUGUUGUAUGGCGAGGUGUUCGCUCCAGACAUCGACCCUAAGUGCGGGAAGAACCCGGGCGAGCCCAAGUGUGUGACCGGCAGGUGGAUCUCUCCCGUCGUGAUGACCAUGUACUUGCUCGUCGCGAACAUUUUACUCAUAAACCUACUCAUUGCGGUCUUUAACAAUAUAUUUAAUGAAGUCAAUGAAGUCUCGCAUCAGGUAUGGAUGUUCCAAAGAUUCACAGUGGUGAUGGAAUACGAACAGAAGCCGGUGUUGCCACCUCCGUUGAUAACGCUAUGCCACAUAUACGCGAUAGGCAAGUGGGUGACCAGGAACGUAUCGCACAAACGGUUUCAGUACGACAACGGGCUCAAAUUGUUUUUAGAAAAGGAAGAUAUGGAGAGGUUGUAUGAUUUCGAAGAGGAGUGCGUAGAAGGAUAUUUUAGGGAACAAGAAGUUAAAUUGUCAAAUUCAAUAGAAGAGAGAGUGAGAAACACCACUGAUAGGGUAGAACAUAUCACGACCAAAAUGGAAGACUUGAAUCAAAAAGCUAAUUGCCAAAUACAGUCAGUGCAGAGUGUAGAAUUUAGGUUACGAAAGUUAGAAGAUGUGGCGGAGCAGACGAUGAACCAUUUGGCAGUGAUCCACCGGUUCAUGGCGACGCAUCCCUCCCUCGUUAACAGAGGAUCCACAGACACCCUGGGACCUCCACCUCCUACCUUCCAAGCUGGAGGGAACAGGCUCCGGACUGCCAGUGACCGAUCUGAGGUGCUGUCGGACAGCGACACGGGCGCGGCGCGCUUCGUCGUGCGACCGGUGCAGGAGGAGGACGAGAGGUCGCGACCCUCCGAUGACGAUGAUGGUGAAAUAUCAGUUAUACAUCAGGACGAAAUGCCACAAUCUGGUCCCGAAGCCGCAGCAGAGAAGGAACCAGAAGCUGAUUCGAUAUCCACAUCAUCAGGAGAAGGGCAUGCCGGUCCUAAUAUAACCGUGGUCAAAGCGCAGCCACCCAUCACACCGGCCCGGCAGAGGUCAUCCGAUAGCAACAGAACCGAACCUAGCGAUGAGAAGAAAGAUCUAUACCUACCUCCUCGUCUAGUUACGUCGUCGACGGAUGACGCUUUCUUGCCAGAAGUGCGCGAGGUACCAACAGAUCUACAAAGUCUUCGUCCGCGCACCACUUCUGCUGGAACCAGGCGUACUGCCAACACCAGACGGAGACGGUUGUGGAAACAGCGUUCGGAGGGCGGCAAUGACUGCGGCAUGGGAGGGCACUACUCCACGCAGCACCUGGCGCCGCGCCGCCAGCACAGCCAGACGCACUCCGAGCCGGACAACUCCGCCGUCGACGCCGGCUCCGUGCACAACUCCGUCACGGGAACAAGCCGCCAGUCUGGUUGGGAAGCCACGGGUGGUGCUACCGGCAUCCCUUCAGGUCGCAGCCGAGUGGGUGGAGCUCCUCGGUCGCUGCUGCUAGCCAUGCACGAGUACACCAGCAUCACUGACGAACUGGAAACUGUGUAUGGGCUAUUUUCACCACCGCAUACACCGAGGACACCAAUCACCUCCCGCCUCCUGUCACCGGCGCGAGCAGCCUCCCCUUCAGUUCGCCGCCGCCACGCCAGCGAGAUGUCCAACCCUGAGUUCGCCUUGUUCAUGGAGAAAGAACAUCUUCGAGGAGCCGAGGAAGAUGACUACAUCAUCAUGGAGAACCUGAUCCAGAGGCGCCUAGAAAUGGGUGGUCUGGACAGAUACGAGGAGGAGGAGGGCGAGGGCGGGGAGGGCGGCGACGGCGGCGGCGUCAGCGGCAUCAGCAUCAGCGUCUGCGUCAACAGCAGCGCCGCCGACGACCACGCCGUGCCGCCGCAGGCCGCCUCGCACCUCACCGUCGGCGACCGCCGCCUGCCGCACCAGAGAUUCCUGUACAAAACUCGUGGCAGGCACUCGCUGCGUCGCUCGUCGGCGAUCGACAGCCGCGAGCUGCCGUCGCCGCUGCAGCCGCUGCUGGAUGACGACGCCUGUGGGGAGGUACUGCUGCCUGUACCACGACAACCCUCUGGCGACACGAACGCUUCGAGCGAGCUGUCGCUGUCGCACAUGGUGUCGGAGAGCCUCCCGCCGCGGCCGUCCAUCGUGCUGGACUCGUCGCAGCUGCCGCGCCAGCGCUCCGCCGACCAGCCGCCGCAGCCGCCCGGGCCCGCGCGCCCCGAGACCAUGUGCUAGGGGACGGUAACAAGAAGAGAGUGAAGCCUCCAAAGAACCCGCUGCUGCCGGCGCCCAGCGGUGCAGCACUGACCUAGUGAAGUAUUAGCCAUAAUAAUUGUUAACACCAAAUACCUAACGAUAGACUUUCGACGAACUUGUAGCGCCCCUCGUAGGCCUUUUGGGACCCUUUUCAAUGUUACCUAGUUGAUAUUCUCAUUCUGUGUGAUGCUAACAGACUGAAUUCAACACAAUUCUAAACUCUACCAUAUCGGAUAUCUUCAAUUACUACCUUUAUAUACUUACUUAAGGGAUUUUGUUACAUUUUGUUACGUAAGCAACUACAUCAGGAUUCGUUCGUAGUAUUUCAGGUUGUAUAUGAAAUUAUUUAUUGUAUAUUGUACAGUCGCGAUGCACAAACAAAUGAUUGUUCACACAGUCUCUCAGUUCAGCCAUCUCUCAAACUUUCAUUUCACGCUUCAAUAUCGAAGACUGUAUUUAUUUACAAAACUGAACUUUGUAAAAAUGUAUUUUAAGGUUCAAUUUCACUUCUAUCUUUUCUAAAUUACUUCUUCGUUGGGAGGAUUUUAUACUUAGCUGUAAAUACGCCGAGUGUCACUAUUUAAUAAUAUAUUGUCUGUAGAUACAUGGUCCAAUGCAUGUCAUUUCGUACUCGUUUCACUUAGACCGAGUCUAUGAAGUAGGAUCACUUUAUACAAAUUUUAAUAUGAUCCUACUUUGAAGAUUUGUAUAAUAUAUAGAUAUAUGAAUUAUUGUACAGAAUAUAAACGGUUCAGAAAUAAGAACUAAGGGAAAGACAAUCGACAAUACUAGUGCUCACGAUGUAAAUACUGUUGUCAGAGUUAAAGGAUAUAUAAGAGGUACUGACGUUUAUAUAAUUAGGACGUAUCACGUAUAGUAGUUGUGGAGGCGGCGGGGACUUGUUGAGCGUUGGUCGGUCGCAGUCUGCGCUCCUUCAAGCCUUGUACAGUGAGCACUACCACUGUUUGCUACAUAUCACACUACCACUUACAUACAUUACCCCGUUUAUUUUAAUUCCUUCAUUUUUAUUCAAGUAUUCACAAUCAAUUUGUACAUGAAUUUACAACGCAUUUCAAUAAUUAUACCUUAAUCUACACUUCGUUUCUACCAAUCAUGAAAUACAAUUUGAGUAUCGUCUGUGACGAACCUAUCAAUACUUGUAAAUUGUUUUUAUUUCGUCCCUCAACAACGGUCAUCACAAUGUGUUCAAUUAUACCAAAUAUUUUGUGCAAAUUUUACCAUUUUUUUUAUUAUAUUUGCAGUAAAAUGAAAUAAAACAUUCGUCUCUGUAUAUAAUUGUAGAACAUGAAAUAAUAUGAAGGUGAUUACUGUAUAUUGUAAUAAGUUGAUAAUAUACUGAGUACUGAGGACUUAGUACGAGUUUAUUUUACGUUUAACGAGCGCGCGUUUUACUCUCUGAUUGGUUGUUUCAUUUGCACCGUCCAAUCAGAGCGCCGAAUGCUUUCGUUUCGUUUUCGUUCAAUGUAAAGCAAACUCGUACUAAGGGUACUGUAAUGUUAAGCAUCGAUGUAUUGUUAAGGUGAACAGAUGCAAUAAAUUAUUUUACUUUUAGUAGACAAUGACUAGGGUUUAUCAUAUCUCACGCUAGCGUUCGGUCGGGCGAUAUUAAGGAAGCAAUAAUUUUGUACGCGCGACAAUUAUUUCUAAAUACCUACAGCUUCGUAGUGUAAUUAUUCAUGUAUUUUUAUCUUACAUGGAGGAACCAUUUGAAGGUACGAAAGCACGGUAUUGAAUUGAAUAUUUCAACUUUAGUGGCAACAAUACGUGGUGUUGGUAAUAAAAGAGCAGUUACCAGUCGCGAUGUCCUCGCUACUACAAUAGUGUGGACUAGCUUUACAACCGCACCUAACAUUGUGUUAAUGGUUCUGAGAUUUCAGACGCUGCAAUGGAAAUAUAUAACGUAUGAAAUAAAAUAAAGUUAAUAAAAUAUUCCGAACGCACACGAAACUAUCAAUGUAAUCGUUUCCAUUCCAGCAGUCUGAAAUAAAUAUUGCUGUAACAAGAGGUACAAUUUCGUUUCAAACAUCAUAAUACAUAGGAAUUGAGACGUUCAGUUGUAUUUAUCAAAUAGUCCAAUUUUAUUCCACAUAGUUUAUUACGUAAUAAGAAAUAUUUUACGAAGAGUAGAGAAUAAUGUAAUUGUACAUAUGUGUAAAUGUUAAAGUUGUUAUUUUUUACCAAAAUGUGAGAGCCGAGCGCCUCCGACCUGUCGACGCUACCAGCACAUGUUUCAACCAUCGUUUUUGAAUCUUUCAUCUUUAUCUUUAGCACAACGUUUUAAUUAAUCAAGACAACUUAUCCUUAUUGGGAUACCUUUGGGAUAUUUUAUUCUAGACUCGAUUCAUUCAAUAUUUUUCAGAGUGAUAAAAUCUACUUCAUCUGAGUUGUAUCUAUAUAAAGUAUGUACAAUGGUAAAUAAAUAUUAUAUUUGUGAUAUUACAA